AUGGCUGAAAAGUACAUUGUAAGUGAGGAAAUUUGGGGUUCUGAAUUUGACAAUUAUACUGAUAUUAUACCAACUGAUGCUGCUCCUUGCAACCAGGACUCCUGGAGACUGGACAAGUAUUUUGUAAUGGUUGUUUACAGUCUUGUGUUUUUUCUGAGUUUGCUGGGAAAUUCACUGGUGAUGCUUGUCAUCCUCUACAACCGGCUCAACCGUUCAGUCACGGAUAUCUACCUGCUCAACCUGGCCAUAGCUGACCUGCUCUUUGCCCUGUCACUGCCCAUCUGGGCUGCCUCCAAGGUGCAAGGAUGGAUCUAUGGCACAUUUCUUUGCAAGUGCGUUUCCCUUCUGAAGGAGGUCAACUUCUACAGUGGCAUUCUGCUGCUGGCCAGCAUCAGCAUAGACCGCUACCUAGCCAUAGUCCAUGCUACCCGUGCUUUGACUCAGAAACGCCACUGGGUAAAGUUCAUCUGUAUGGGCAUCUGGGUUCUGUCCUUGCUCCUGUCCAUGCCCAUUGUUUUCUUCCGUGAAGCAUUCAAGUCAGACAUAUAUGGCUAUGUCUGUUAUGAGAACAUUGGCAACAGUACUGAUAAAGGGCGGCUGAUACUGAGGAUCCUGCCCCAGUCCUUUGGCUUUGUCCUGCCCCUACUGGUCAUGCUCUUCUGCUACGGCUUCACCAUGCGCACCCUUUUUGAGACGCACACGGGGCAGAAGCAUCGGGCCAUGAGGGUCAUCUUUGCCGUAAUGCUUGUGUUUUUAUUCUGCUGGCUUCCUUACAACCUGGUGCUGGUCACUGACACCCUCCUGAGGACCCACCUAAUUGAGGACACUUGCCCACGAAGGGAGGCGAUUGAACAGGCCAUAAAUGCCACUGAGGUACUGGGCUUCCUCCAUAGCUGCCUCAACCCCAUUAUCUAUGCCUUCAUCGGUCAUAAAUUCCGCCAUAGCUUCCUUAAAAUCCUGGCUGCCCAUGGCAUAGUCAGUAAAGACUUCUUGGCCCGUUGCAAUAUUUCAUCCUCAUCAUUUGCCUCUUCUUCUGUUUCUGCUGCUGUCUGAGUAUCAUCAUUUCAGCAUUUCUCAACAACCUGGAUAAAAAAUUCUACCAAUAAGAAGUCAUUGGAUUGAUGAAAUUGGAAGAUGAAAUUUAGAAUGCGAGGAUGAAAACUGUUAACAGAAUUUUACUGUAUUUGUCUUUAAAUUGUAAAUAGCUGGAGCUGCACAAAGCAGGCCUAGAGACAGCUUUUUAGAGAUCAAGUGGUGGUUGUCAUAAUUUUCUUCAUGUCCUAUGCCUGAAAUAUAAUGUCUGUCCUCCUUAACCUUAGUGCCUUCCCUUUGAGAUUACUUCCAAUUUAUCCUGUCUAUAUCUGAUUUGUCCAUAAUUGUUUAUCAGUGAACUCCUUGAAAGCAAGGCAUAUAUAUAUUUUUUGGUCUUUAUGUUCCCAGUGUUUUAUGCAGUCCCUGGAAUGUACUAGGCACUUGAUAAAUGUAAAAAAUAAAGUAGGCACUUAAAAAUAGUAGGCAUGAAAUAAAUCGAUGUCAGCAAUCCUGGCUUAGGAGGUUAUUCUGCUUAUGCGGCCUGUAAUCUAAAUUUCCCAGAAGAAUAUCUUGGGAAAUUGGCAUAAAAGACAUGUCAUGAUCCAACCAUACCACGUCCAAAAAGCAGCAUAGUGAAGUAGAUGAAGUGACAGACCUGGAAUCAAGAAAACCUCUCUUCAAAUUCAGGUUUAUACAUUUACUAGCUGUGUGACUCAGGGCUGGUCACUUAGCUCUCUGGGCUUUAAUUUCCCCAUCUGUAAAGUUGAGGGGGAGGAGUAGGUGAUGGUCUCUAAGAUCUCUUCUAACUCAGAAUCUAUGACCCUAAGCUAAACACUGGUCCUGUUCCCUUUGCUUACUUCGUUUCUUCUGUAGUGGCUAUUGGGGAUACUGAGUUUAGGCUCAUGCCAAAUAUCUAAAUUCAAGAUGAUCUAAGAAUGUCACUUGGAAAAACUUUUUUUCUUUGAAAGUUAUACAUGACUAAGGGGCUAGCUUUGUUGAAGGAUUUCUUUUGGAAGAUCAUCAAUUAGAAAAGAAUGACCAUGUUUCUUGGUCUCUUCAUGCUUUUGGUUGCUGCUAUCAACAUAGCUGUCAGCAUCAUUAGACAAAAUUAUUGAUGAAGUACUCUGGGCUGGAUGUUGAAUGGAACUAUGAUCCCUGUAUUCUCAAUGCCUCCCAACUAAGUACCAUGUCCAUGAAUAAACCUAUACAACAUAGAGACAUAGUAGAGUCACUGUCCAUGUCCAAUUAAAAAAACUAAUAAAGAUCCAUGUUUGUAU